AUGGCAAAAGUGUUUGAUGCCGCCGAGGUGGCCGCCCACAACACGCGUAGCAGUUGCUGGGUCAUACUGUACGGCGACGUCUAUGACGUGACCGACAUCUUGGCCUCCCACCCUGGAGGUUCCAACGUCAUCCUCAAGCUCGCCGGCCAAGACGCCACCCGCGACUACGAUCCGGUCCACCCAGCGGGAACGCUCGAGGAGAACUUGAAGCCCGGGGCCAAAUUGGGUCGGGUCAAGGCCGACAGCGUACCGAGGACAGGAGCUUCGGCGGUCGAGGACGACGCAGGCAACCUGGGUCGCGGGCCCUCGUUGGCGUCGCUUCUCAACCUGGAUGAGAUCGAGCGAGAGGCCAGCAGGCGCAUCUCCAAGAGGGCCUACGCCUACUACUACUCGGCCAGCGACGACCUCUGCUCAAAGUCGCUGAACAAGGCCGUCUAUCGGGAUAUCCUCCUGCGACCCCGCGUCUUCGUCGACAGCACCGCCUGCGACAUGUCAACCUCGGUGCUCGGAAGCAAGGUCGACGUGCCCUUCUUCAUCGCCCCGGCCGCCAUGGCCCGGCUGGCGCAUCCCGACGGCGAGCACGGCCUCGCAAGGGCGGCCGCGCGCUUCGGCGCCAUGCAAAUCAUCUCCAACAACGCGUCCAUGAGGCCGGAGCGCAUCGUCGAGGGCGCGCCGCGGCAUCAAGUCUUUGGUUGGCAGAUGUACGUGCAGACGGAUCGGCAGAAGAGCAUCGACAUGCUCCAGCGCAUCAACGCCAUGCGGGACCGGUUCAAGUUCAUCUGCCUCACCCUCGAUGCGCCCGUGCCUGGCAAGCGAGAGCACGACGAGAAAUCAAGCUUUGCCGACGGAGCCGGGACGAGAGCCACCGACGGCGGCGCCGUUGGCCGGCAGCUCUUCCUCGGUACGGCCCGCGACCUCACCUGGGCGACGACCUUGCCCUGGCUCGCGCGGCACACGGACCUGCCGGUGGUGCUCAAGGGCCUGCAAACGCACGAGGACGCGUACCUGGCGGCGAUGCACGCGCCCCAAGUGAAGGCCAUCAUCCUCUCCAACCACGGCGGACGAGCGAUGGACACGGCACCGCCCCCGCUGCACACCCUGCUCGAGAUUCGCAAAUACUGCCCCGAAGUCUUUGACAAAGUCGAGGUCUGGCUGGACGGCGGCAUCAGGAGGGGAACGGACGUGGUCAAGGCGUUGUGCCUCGGGGCGACCGCCGUCGGUCUCGGGAGAGCGCCGCUCUUCGGCCUCGGGGCGGGUGGCCAAGCUGGCGCGGAGCGGGUGUUGGAGAGUACGUGCAAGUUUGGCUCGCAAUUUUCCCGACAGGCUACGCUACGGCGCACCAUGGUAUGCACUCGUGAAGCUGACGCAUCGCCUCGCCGAGCAGUUCUCGAAGCCGAAGUCGCCACAUGCAUGCGCCUGCUGGGCGCGAAGAGCAUCUCGGAACUGGGACCUAGAUUCAUCAACAGUCGACGUGUGGAGAGAGAGAUUUACGACGGAGAUCCGGCCUUGGACGAGGGAGGACGCUGGAUUUCGAAAGCGAGACUGUAG